UCCCUAGGUGUUGGAGCUGGGGGAAGGUUACUGUUGUUGACUUUGCAACUUGUCCCUGUCCUGGGGAGGGUGUCACGUGGCCUGGCUGCUGACGUGUGCACGGCUGACGUGUGUAGUGGGCGCCGGGCUGGCUGUUUGGCUGCUUUUCCUCCCCGGACUUUCUCAUCAUUUCACAGUUACUGCAGCUCGAACUUCCCUCUCUUUCCAUGGAUGCCCCCAACCAAGGUACAGAACCCUCGCCAUUCCGACGCGCAGAUGGCCCUUGUUCCUGUCUGCCUGGAAACAUGACUGAUGUGCCUGUAGAUACUCCUGCAAGUGGAGAUGGAGUUGGUGUACUAUCUGAAGCUGAAGCAGAGGAGCUCCGCAGUGAACUUUGCAAGGUUGAGGAUGAAAUAGCAACACUUCGACAGGUGCUAGUUGCCAAAGAAAAACACGCUUCUGAGAUCAAAAGAAAGUUGGGAUUGACAGCUUUCACUGAGCUCAAGCAAAACUUGAGCAAAAGUUGGCAAGAUGUACAAGCAUCCAAUGCGUACAAGAAGACGCAUGCAACACUUUCCACUGCUGGAUCUAAGACCUCCAGUGCCAUUUCCAGUGUUGGCUCAGCUCUUAGCAAGACUCUGGGAGAGAUUAAGGAAUCACCUACUUUCAAAUCAUUUGAAGAAAGCGUUGGAAAUUUAAAGGCUAAAGUUAUUGGAAAUGAAAAUAACGGCAAAGGUGGCUAUCAUACUCCUACCGCUUCAAGCCCAACUGCAGAAGAAAAUCUUUCACAGGACAAUGCACCUUUCUGAACAAGAGUUAUUCUCUUCAUAGCUGACUCACUCCCAAAUCUACACAAAUUGAAUUUAAUGCAGUUGCAGUCAUCACGUUAAUGUACAUAUGGUUAUUUGAAACCCGUUUGAUGAAAAGUGCAUUACAGCUGAUGUCCCGGAAGUCUGAUAACCAUUUUGUCAUCUGUAAAACUUGAACAAAAAUGUGGCUGUCAGAAUUCUUCUAGCAAAUUUGAAACAGCAUCAAAUUCUCAUUAUAAAGCAAUUGUUGCCAUUUGAAUACUAGCUUUGACUACUUUUAAAACCUCCAUUUCAACAGAGUAGCAAGCACUUGGCACACUACUAUUAACUCAGAUUCAUAUCAUACUAGCCUUACUUUGUGCUUUAAUGCCACUUUUAUAUGUAUGGGCCAACUCUGGGAUGUAAGUGAUAGAAUUUCCAGUACUAUUUAAGCUUGUAUAGAAUGAUUAUUUACCACAACAGACAUUAUUUACAGGAGUGCUUAUUUGGACAUGGAUUACUUCUGCUUCUGUUGUAUGUCCAGCUGCUUUAAACAUGUAUAUUUAGAACAUUUGUUAGUGACUGAAGCAAGCUGAAUUUUUUAAAAAUUGAAACCAAAUCUCUGAUUACAGGCUAGGGUUUAUAUCCAGUGGGCUAUAAAGAGAUAUAAAUGUGAAAUUUUGGUGGGUUUUAAUGGAAUGACACAGUGUAGGUUUUAGUAUAGAAUGUUUUGAUGCAUUAUGAGUAAUUAUCUUGCCAUUUCUUAUUUCAAACAAAAGGUGUGGGGAUUGUUCCACUGUUCGAUGUAUGCAAGGAUAUAAUUGUACAUUUCCCUUUCUAUCACUAGAAUGCUCACAAUUAAACAUUGGUUAUUAAAGCA